AUGAAGCGCACGAGAUCUUCUAUUGAAGUCGCCAGAGUUUCUAGUGUUCUCUAUUUAGGAGAGACUGUUGUCUCUCGUAAAUUAAAGAGAUUUGAUUUUGACGCUUUCAAUGAGAUGAUUAUACCGACUGGUUUGUCGGAUGGAUGUGUCUCGCAAUGUAUUGAGUCGUUGGCUAAGGAGUAUGAUGAGGUGUUGUGCAAAGCUUUGGACAAGCUGGCACCUAAAAGAACUCGCACUAUUGUCAUUCGACCAAAUGCCCCUUGGUAUAAUGAGGAGAUUGCCACUCAGAAGAGGAAGAGGCGAAGGCUCGAACUUGAUAAAUUACAACAAAGGAAUACAGACAAAAGAUAUCUGUCUGCGAACAGUGACCUAGAACUCGCGAAUGCCUUUGCUAAUUUCUUUAGUCCCAAGAUUAUGAGCAUUCGUGAUGAAUUGCUGGUUAGGAGAGAACAGCUGGGGGAGCUCACUAUGGGGGAUUUUGAGUGUACAUCAUGCUUUAGUGAGUUCGCAACGGUAACAGAUGAAAAUGUCUUAGGACUGAUUAGGGGUUCAAUCAAGGCAUGCGCACUAGAUCCAUUUCCAGCGAGUAUCAUGCGGAAAUGCUAUUUUAGUCUUUUUUCUGUAUUUAGAAGAGCGAUUAAUCUGUUGUUAUCAUCUGGAGUGCUGCCCAAGGAACUUAAGAUCGCGCUGCUAUUACCUCUUCUCAAGAAGGUAAAUGCAGAUUUUGAGCAGUUUAGUAACUUUCACCCUAUGUCAAAUUUAAAGUUUCUAUCUAAAUUAAUAGAAAAAGCAGUAUUUGUGCAAUCGAAUAACUAUCUUGGCGAAAAUGAUCUACAUGAGUCUCUCCAAUCAGCGUGCAGUAUCUGUCAGAGUACAGAGACUGCGAUUCUCAUCGACACAAUUGACAUUAUGCUAUCAUUAGACAAAGGCGAGAAUGUUUUCCUUGCUUUUUUAGAUUUGUCGGCAGCAUUCGAUAUUGUUAGCCAUACCUUGUUGCUGGCACGACUGCAGAAAUCAUUUGGCAUCAGAGGAACUGUUCUGCGAUGGUUCAACCCCUAUCUUCCUGAUAGAACUCAGUUUGUUAACAUCAAUGAGGUGAAUUCUAUUAUACGUGAUCUUCCCGUGGGAGUUUCCCAAUGUUCAGUUCUGGGACCUGUGCUCUACCUUCUGUAUACUGCGCCACUUGCUAAAGUGAUAAGAUCUUAUGACUUGGAUUAUCAUCUAUACGCUGAUGAUACUCAGUUAUACUUUGUAUUCGGAUGA